AUGUUUGACGAGGAAUCUGGAUUUUGGGUCCCAAUCCCAGCGAAUUACACGGCCCCUCACACGCCAGAGGAUCUCAUUGAGGCAGAGAACGACAUACGCAUCCUGGAUCAUCAUUGCAUCGCUUACGUCCACCCAGAGGCUCGCAAAACCUUCAAGGAACUCAAUGCCUCUCGUGAGCCCGAAGAUCCGGAGAUCUACCCUCUCCACGUUUAUGACAUUUCGAAGGGGGAAGAGGCGGUGUUGGUAGCAGGCCUCGAGGGGGAAGAGGUGGCCUACAAGUUCCGAAAGCCCUGGGAAAAGGGCUACAUUCGCUACCAAGGCUCCUUACCUCAAGAAGGUGCCCAAAACGCUGCCGAUAGGUGUACAGAAAUGUGGGAUAACGACACACAGGCGUACCUCAUGCUCCCUGCGGGUUACACGGCCCCACACGACCCCCAGGACUAUGUUGACGCCGUCAACUAUGAACUUGUGCGAGCUGAGAGGCAUCGUCACUCCGCAAUCAGUCUUGCACAGUGCCAACUUCAUCCACGUAAGGAAGAAGGGAAGAAGGAGAAAGUUACAGCAUUACAGGACUGGGAAGCCCCAGAUCUCGUGAUCGAGAGUGACCUCAGUGGCUCUGACUAUGAAGUGGGACGAUGCGAGGAAGAGAAGACGAGGGACUGGUGUAAAUCGAGGGGACAGUCGGUUAUGGACACUGAAGAGGAUGACGUGAAGAUUGACGAGGAAGAUGCCAAAGAAGAACCAGACCUGGAGCACGAGGAGGAAGAAGCGUGUGAGGAGGAAAAACGGCGUUCCAAAGGCAAGAAACCUUUGGUUAGGGACACCGAGGAGGAAGACGAACACGACUUGGAGCGUGACAAGCAGGAAGAAGCGCGAUCCAAAGCUGCUUGCCUUUUGUUAUCGACAAUGAAAACGGAAGGGAAAGUACACACCUCAUCCGCCCACUGGAAGGACUUAACGGCGUCAUACACACCUUCCCAGUUGGACACCGCAUCCCUCUUGAGCAGCUACGGACUCACAUUGAUCCCUGACGCCCUGCUCCCAGACCUUGAAGAGGUUUCUUCGACAAAGCCUUCACUCCUGGAAACGGUGUUGUAUCCGAUGUUUGGCCAGGUCGUCUGGCAAGUCGCACAUAGGUUGGGCCAUCUCUAUGGCCGUUCUUCAGACUUCGCCAUGGAGAAAGUGGGUCUUCUGUGCAAAGAGAAGCGAGCUCCAAACCGCUACAACCUGUUCAAAACUUUUGCCAGCAGGACGAAACCAGAGGAGGGGGAUCAUGAAGGCCUCCAGCUCUGGAACAGGGCCACCAAUGAGGAGUACAAGAAGCUUAUGCAAGGAGCAACAACAAAAGAAGAGAAAGAUGAACGGAUCCAGGAGGCCAUUAGUUUCAUCAAGAAUCAAGUCAACGAAGAAGGGACCAAUGUCUGCAACGCAAACCUUUGCUUUGCGUCUUACAUGAAGGAAAUUCGCGACCUUAUCACCAAUAUCAAACGUCGCGACAAAUCUUUCGACGUUGCCGGUAUCUUGGUCUACAGUGGCAGAAAUCUCACGGCACGGAACAAGAUGGGGUUUUUCAUGAGUUCCAAGGACCUUCAAGCACUCUGCACCCGUGAGGAGUGGCCAAUUGCCACCUUGACGGACAUCUUUGUUAGCAAAGUCUGCGCUAUGCAUGCGGACCAGCAAAUUAAGCAGUCGAUGGAGGAACUCAAUGUGGCUCCCUCGACACUUCAGUCACCCACUGACAACUGA